CAUAAUUCAAAGGCCAAGUCUUGAUCUAUGUCUUUCACAUUAACACUCCUUCUUGCAACAUGUUACCUAUAUGUUGUGAUGGUAGGGGCUGAAGAUACAGUAUUGUCACCACCAGAAGGCAACAUGACCUUUUUAGGUGGUACGAAUUGGUGUGUUGCUUCACCUGGUGCAUCGCAAUCCGAUUUACAAAAUGCAUUGGACUGGGCCUGCGGGUUAGGUAUGGCUGAUUGUAGUCAAAUUAAACCUGGAGGGCCGUGUUUUGAACCUGACACACUAUUUUCACAUGCAUCUUUCGCUUUCAAUAAUUACUACCAACAAAACGGGAAUUCCGAUGUUGCUUGCAAUUUUGGAGGGAGUGCAACUUUGACAAAGAAUGAUCCAAGCUACGGGAAAUGCAGCUACACCGCAUCUGGGCCAACAAAAUCAGAAGGGGCCUCUAUAUGGAAGUUAAAUUGGUGGAAAAGUGGUGGGAUUGUAUUGCUUUUGUACAUGGGAAGCUAACAUUGAAUUAGAAGGUAGGGAGGGUGUCUUUGAUGUUGGUUUAGGAAUCUUCUUAUACGUCAUUUUUGUAAUUUACUUAAAACUAGAAAUAAAGUCUUGUAAUUGG